CGCAAACAUUAGUCGAAAGAUUUUUGAAAGCCGAUUAUUGCGCUUGACCUCCGGACAUUGAAAUCCGCACAUUGCGCGUGAAGAGGCAAUGUACGUCAUGACGUGGUGAAAAAGGGGGCGAUGCUGAGAAAAGCUGUGCAGCUUCAUCAAACUAUGAGCUAGGCUUUAUUCAAGUCGAUCUCAGGGCUGUGUGCCAGACAUCAGAAGCCAAGCCAGGCAACCGCAGUAGACAUGCAGCACUUUUGGUUCAGGCCGGUAUGCUGCACAGCGACCAGCAUGACGCAUGUCUUUGGACCUUCGCAAUGAAAACAUUUCCAUUGGGGCCACUCCACGUUCAUGAAAUCUGCGUGGUCAUGGAUCCAUUCAGUCUGUGAUUUAGGAAGAGCCGUAAGUGUGUAUGCCAGGGAACAAGUCAUAACAGUAGCGAUGGCUGGGUGCUGAGGAUUGUCUGCCUCGCAGCUUCCAUGAGACAUGCCGAUUCUGCUGUUGGGCAGGGCGGUUUAAGGCCGACGAGUCGGAAGUGUGACUGAAAUUCAGCGUCAUAGGGCAGUGCAGUCAUGAUUCUCCCCUCUAAUCUGAAUAGUGUCACAAGAAAACCACAGCCUUGAGGCGUAGUGUCCGCAGAACCAGCCUCCAGUAGAACCAGGGGCGGUACUCACACGGCUGUGCCCAGCAAUGAUCUUGAGGUACGACUAGCAGUUGUCACAGUUCACUGCUUUGGGCACGAAUGUGGGUACCUAAGGUCUUUGAAGGGAUCAAGUUGCUUUUGAGCCGCAUGCCAUGGUAGAUUAUAGAAGGAGCCAGGAGGAUUUCGUGCCGAUGAAGGACAAAGUAGAUAGCGAUCAAUACGAAAGUGUUUUCUUGCAACCAUAUUCAUGUUAUGGAUCCAUCAAAAGCGACGCAUCUCAGACGCAGUAGUCGGAAGAAAGUCUUGACAACUUCGUUUCACAGCGGUCGGCCACGCACUGUACCCUCCAAGGGCGGUAAUGCUUCCACGCACAGCACUGAAACAAUAGGCCACAGUCAAGCGAGAGCUUCUCUUGGCGACUCGCACUGGGAUUAUAGCCGCCUCUAUCGGGGAUCGGACCAAAGAAGCCCAGGUGUGGGCUUGGUUGAGGGAUGCUGAUCGGCCCUGGGAAGGUUUCAGUUUGCCGAACGACUUGUCAAAAAUCAGCGAAGGUUUUCCCUAUAACACGAAGAGGGAAAGAGUUCAAUCCUCUCAAAGAGAACGGGACCAAAAUGACCUAGGCAACAAAGCUCGGCUGGUGGCUUUAGGAUGCAGCUUAUUCAGUGAACAGGUGGAGGGACCACAACCAAAAAGGCAUUGUGCAGAACCUCUGUGAAGUGGUCCUGAUCUUUGCAGAGUCUCAACGCGAAAACCGGGAGCGCAAUGUCCUGUUGACCACUGCUUCAACUGUGGACUUCGUCGAAUAGCCUGGCUUGCUCUCAUUCAAUCUUUUUCCUUUUCGAGGAACCUGAAGCACAGGAUAUCACGCCACGUCUUAUCCCGGCAAACAACGUAAUUGGACAUGCAACCGCACGAUGCAGACAUUUGGGAUGCAAGGGAUCCAAACAUGGCUAACACUGCUGCAAACUAGCGAAUUGUGGUGUCCGUGAUCAAUAAUAGUCAAAGGCAAAUGCGGCAGCGAUUGUGACAUGUGAGUUUAGUUUGCAGUAGUUUUUGGAGGAAAGAUGGGGGCACCGUGGAUGUUGGAAUUGUUCAGCUGGUCAAGCAAACCAACAUCAAUGCCACCCCGAGUUACAAGGAUGGAUGAGGGUCAGCGGGGUAACCAUAAUUUGAACAACAUCAGGGUUUAUCUUUAUCUUCACCUAGUCAUUAGUAACAUGAAGGAAUACAAUAUGAUUGUGUACUUAUCUUGCAUGUUAUAUCACUCCUUUUCAUUGGCAAGGUGUUGCUGUGUUAAUGAAUGAACCUCGAACGUACAGCGGAUGCUGGGGUACUCAUUGCGUUCAGCCUCAUCGGGGGUUUGCCAAUCCCCGUGAAUGUUACAUUUACUAGCUCUGCUUUCCCCGGAAUCUCCUAGGGUUUUCGGGGUUGCCGAGACCUUUUGCGAUAAGUUCCUUCUGUGGCUGCUUGAGAUGCGAAAGUAGUAGGUCCAGCAGUUUUAAGUGAAACAAUUUUACCCUCUUCCUUGUGUAUGGCUGGCUAAGAGGACAGUGAAUCAGUAAGAGAAUAUGCUGUUCUCUUGUACAAAUAAUAUCCAUUCCAUAUCAUUCACACACAAAUCCACGAAGGAACCUCCGCAAGCAGGAAAGGAUCGACCAUGCUGCGGCUACCCUUCAUGUCGUUGGCACAAGGUUAUUGUUGUCAGCCGCUGCCAAUCUUCCAAGUCUUCCUUUGUUGUAAAAUUGCGUUUCUUUUCACCCUUUCCCUGCACAUUGCGCGAAACUAAACAGAACUGAAAAUUCGUAUGUUCAUCUGCGCUUUGAAGUUUGGGAUUUUGUCCAAGCCGAAUGGUUUUAGUCAAGCCUUCUCCGAUUAGUCGCCUCCGAAACGAUGCCAGGUCGCAACCUGACCAGAGUAUUUCGACCCGUUUGUUGCGUUCCCUUGACCCAACCAAACACAGCCAAGGGACGCGUAUAACUAGUUGAACAACGGAUGAAUCUCGAUAGGAUGUCUGCUUGGUCAUCCUUUCUCGCAGGAGUAGCCGCUGCCGCUGACAUACUGCCUUUGUAUAUGCCUCGUGACAGAAGACCCAGUCAACAGCAGCAAACCAGAUGCUGAGGCGAGCAAAUUGACUCCCAUUCCCAGGUUGGCCAUGUUUCUUUCAUGCCACGACAACCUCUCGUAUCGCCACAGGCUGAUGUAAAUCGACCCUGUCUUAAGUUGCUAGACCAAUUCGCUGGCAAACCGUAUGACGUCCAGCCUUCAUUAAAGCAGCAAUGUCUGACGAAUAUCAGGCCCUUGACAAGCAGUAGUGCUGUACGAAAAAACACAAAAAAAAAAAAAACGGGUUUAUGAAGUGUUUCAUCUCUGCAAUCCGAUCAACCUUGCCCAAGCUUGCCACAAGCCCUUUACCGCGUAACAGAGAGAUGGCGCAUUAAUACCCCUUUCAUGCCCGCCAUGCGAUGAUUGCCAGUUAAAAGUUUCUUCACAGGGAUCUGUCGCCCACCAGAUACAUCCAUCCCGCCUCUUACUCUCAACUGUUCUCAUACGUUCACGAUCAGUCGGCUCUUCCCCCUGAGGAUCCUCGUCGAACAACCAUGACCUCUUCGGGAGAUCGCUACGCCAGAGAUGCGAGUGGGUUCUCGUCUCCGGACGCGAAUAUAACCCAGAGCCAUGCAAGGCAAGCACCGCAGCCACAGCGCAAGACUCCUGCACCCCAGGAUGUCAUGCUGCACCAACACCUGCUCCAAACUCAGCACUCUGGAACAGCCUACUAUCCGUAUCAGAACCGAUCAUAUCAACAAACAGCCUCAAGUCAAGGUGCACUGGGCUACACCUAUGCUCCAACAAAUCAGCCCGCCUACCAGGGAAGUCGUAUUACCCAGGGAUCCAACGAUACUCCUGGCGAUCAAUACCAAGUAAAUUUGCCAGGGGCCCAGCACUCGCUGGAUGACCCUCGACAAAGAACAACCGACUUCGUUAACGGCCAGCAAAUUCGAACUGAAUCGUCUCCUGAUGAAGCCGAACAAAACGGUAUCAGGCGUGGUACCAACACUAUCUCACAAUUUGACAACCAGUUCACAAGGACUGUCGAUACCAGCACUUCGGCCAAUAAUGCUCAGAGGGAUGAGCGAUAUCCUCAAUACACUCAGAGUUAUCCUGGCUAUCCCAGAACCCUCGACUAUUGCGGCCAAAAUGACAGCUCGUCACAUGCACAGCGGUGAAAGAGAGAUCGAAAUUAACAGAGUGCGAAAUCUGGGGAUCAGCAUGGGGUCUAAUGGCACUUGGACAUGUUAUCCUGUUGGUUUCUGCCUCGGCCUGAUAUAUCCCGUGAUCUCAUACGCAUUACUCUUUCUGUCGUUUCUUGAAGGAACACCCGUUGCAAUAUGAUUUUGGUGUUUUGGCUGGUUGGUACACCUGGUGCAUGAAUAGCUUUUAUGAUCAGAUUGUUUUUCGAUUUCAGGAGGGUCUUGUCUGUUGUUUAGAAGUCCUAUUAUUCUGAAGACAAAUCUUUAUCAAUCAAUACAAUUGAUCUGGACAACCAAGGUCAUCGCGAGACUAAUGAACCAGAUGUUGGC